ACGAGAUGUCGUCGAACUCCUUCUUCCACAUAGACAACAGGACGCUGCAUCUUCAGAAGCAGCCCAACCUUAGUUCUCCAGCUGAACAACCGGCUCCUAAUUCUGGUGGUAAAUCCAAGACAUGGCCAAUCAUCCUUGCAGUUGCCGGUGUAGCAGUAUGCAUCUCCUGCAUCUUUCUCUUCAGAGAGGUCAAGAAACGGAGAAGAAGAGCACGAGUAAGAUCAGAGCUGCGAAGGCUGUCCAUGGCAGUACAGAACGUAAUAACUCUCUGGAGGUUAGAGGAAGGCAACUCGGGCUUUUCACUGUAUGACUUCUCUCAAAUAAAAGAUGCAACAAAUAAUUUCUCAAGUGAAAGUUUGCUCGGAAAAGGUGGUUUCGGAUCCGUCUAUAAAGGUCAACUGCCUGGUGGACCUGAAGUAGCAGCAAAAAGGCUUGCAGCAUGCUCUGGACAAGGUCUACUAGAAUUCAAGAACGAAAUACAGCUUGUAGCAAGGCUUCAGCACAGGAAUCUGGUCAGGCUACUGGGCUGUUGCAUCGAAGGAGACGAGGAGAAGAUACUCGUGUACGAGUACAUGCCGAACAAAAGCCUAGACAUGUUUAUCUUUGAUAAAUUUAAACGAGAAUUGCUAGACUGGCCUAAACGUCUCCACAUAAUCAACGGGAUAUCCCAAGGGCUGCUCUAUCUUCACGAGCACUCGACAGUCUGCGUCGUCCACAGGGACCUGAAAGCGAGCAACAUUCUGCUGGAUGCCGAGCUGAACGCCAAGAUUUCAGAUUUCGGCAUCGCCAGGAUUUUCGGCUCAAAUGCAGCGCAGUCAAGUACUACCAGAAUCGUCGGCACCAUUGGAUACAUAGCUCCGGAGUAUGCCUUAGAUGGAGUUUGCUCGAGCAAAGCAGAUGUUUUCAGCUUGGGCGUCCUCAUUCUGGAGAUCAUCAGUGGGAAGAGGACUGGAGGUUCAUACCGAUACAACGACGGAAAGCUAUACUGUCUCAUCGCAUAUGCCUGGCUGCUGUGGAAGGACGGCAGGUGGCGCGAGCUGGUCGACGAGUGCCUGGGAGACGGCAGGCACCAUGCGUCGAUCAGGGCGUGCAUGCAGGUGGCGCUCCUGUGUGUUCAGGAGGACGCGGAAGACCGGCCGGCCAUGGACGGCGUGGUGAAGAUGCUGGGCAGCAACGAGCAGGCGAGCCUGCCGGAGCCCAACCACUCGGCCUACUUCAACGUGCGCCCCGGCGGCGGCGGCGGCGGCGGCGGCGCGCCGCCGUCGGCGUGCAACAUCAGCAUUAGCAUGAUCACGCCGAGAUAA